AUGCUGACUUCAAGUCCAAACAAUAUGAAGCAGGGUGACAAAGACAUCCUGUUGGAAGUAAACCUGGCUCCAAUUGGAAUUGAAGAAGCUACAUCGCUGGAUGGGUCUAAUGGCGAAUUUAUUAAUGAUAAGCCAACCUUUGAAAUCGAACAGGUCCAACUUCAGUUUGGGCUCAACAAAAGUCUACGUCAUUUGGCAGUACAGAGUAACAAGAUGUUUUUGGUUCUUGAUUCCGUGUUGUACAAGAUAGAUUUGAGUAAUCCGUCCAAAGUGCAGAAGUUUCAGGUUCCGACAGCACCACAAGGCAAAGUGACAAAUAUCUGGCUUCAUCAUAAUGGAAAACAUUUAUUCAUUCAAGUCAAUCACAACUCUUAUUAUUACUUACACGAGUCAUAUAAUUCAUUCAAGAUUUUGCCUAAAUUCAAGAACUUGAAUAUCGAAUGUAUUGCAUUUGCUGAAGCUCCCCUUAAUGAAUCCACCGGGGACUUCCUUAUUGGAACCACGGAUAGUACGAUAUACAUUGCAUUAGUAAAACCACAUGACCCUAAUACUCAAAAUAACAAAAGGGAUGAUAAAUAUAUUAAAUUGGCAUUCAAGCCCUCGAUAGAGAAUAGGAUCAGAGGUCUCACUUUCUCUCAAAAUUGCACUCAAGCCAAUCUCAUAACAGACAAAUCUAUUUAUUCAUGGGACUUUUUCGAUACUACCUACUCCGAAAUUCUCAAAGUAUUAAAAUCGACGCCUCCAAAAGUGACUAUUAUACCCGAAUCUGAUGAUUUCCUUUUCGUAACAGACAAUACGCAGUUCGUAUAUUUAACAUUGCCGCAGAACAUUAUCUUUUCCCAGGAUUAUGAAAUAGAACUUUCGCAAACAAGAAAUCUAACGUUGGAAGGUGAUAGUUUUUCCAGCUCGAAUGCAAUUUUGUUGUCACCUCAUCAUUUGCUAAUGUUAAAUAAGAGCCAUGACACCUUAUUGGUUUACAAUAAGCUCUCGUUAUCCUUGCCUCCCUUGAAAGUUAUUUUAAAAGAUCAAAUUGGACUUGACCAGAUAAUUACAGGAAUGACAUUUGAUCACAACUCACGUACAUAUUGGCUUUUUACGAGCAGUUCAAUUUUUGAGCUUGUAAUUCAAAAUGAGUCUAUAUCUGUGUGGUACAACUAUUAUAAGUUGGGAAAAUACGAAGAAGCUUUGAAAUGCCUUCAAAAUGGGGAGUCAAAGAAUAAUUUCCAUAAGAAAGAUCUUGUCAUGAUCGAACAAGGCUAUCAAUUUUUGCAAGAAGGAGGCUUUGGGGUGGAUCACAUGGAAUUGGAAAACAGUAACAUGGAAUUAGACACAGAAGUUGAGAGCAAAACAACCGUGGAGGAUUCCAUUGCAUUACAAGUUAAAGGAAUCAAGAUUUUAGGAAACCUGACUGAACCAUUUGAAAAGAUUUGUUUAAUGCUUUUAAAUGUUCAACAAAACUCGAAAUUGGUUCGUAGUCCCGGUGAAAAUUCCAAUAUUUCAAUGAGUUCAUCUUUGUUUUUGAGCAUCAUCUCUCAAAAGCUAUUAAUUGAAUACCUAUUGGCAAAGUUUGAUAUUGCUAAAAAUCAAGAAAAAAAUAAAAUCCGUGUUAUCAUCCUCUCCAGUUGGAUUGUGGAGUUGAUGUUAAGAAUUAUAUACCGACUUGAGUAUGAUGUUAACAACAGUAAGUCAUGGCAAGAUUUACCUCAAUCAUACCAAGAAACGACCUUAGCGUCACACAAAGAAAAAUUGUUAGAUGAGUUGAACAAAGGCUUGAAGCAGUUCUUGCACUCAAAUUACAGGAAUUUAGAUCGCGAGACCAUCUAUCAAAUAAUAGGUGAACUACACUAUCCUUCCAAGUUACUUUACUAUGCAGAAUUAAUCGAGGAUUUUGAAUUCAUUUUGAGAUAUCAUAUCGAUACGUAUAAUUGGAAAGAGAGUCUAAAGGCAUUGGUGAAAAUUUACACCUCUGCUCGUAAGAAUUCCAAGGAUGUCAUUUAUGCAUUCGCUACCGUGUUGCUAGUAAAUGCACCCAAAUUAACUGUUGAAACUUGGUUGAAAUUCAACAAUGACAUUGAAUACGAGAGAUUAUUACCUGCAAUCUUGACGUAUAACAAAAAUAAUCACCAUAUACAAUUGCAUGAGAAUUACAGUCUUCACUUCUUACUGAAAAUUAUUUACGACAAAGGAAUACGAAGCAAACAAAUCAACAACUAUUACUUAUCAUUGUUAAUAACUUAUCCUGGAAACAAGAGCAUCUCAUCCAAACUGGUUAUCAAAUUUUUGAAUCAAAUGAAACAUGAAGCCUCCCCAAAAUUAAGAAAAUCUCAACUUUAUGACACUCAUUUUAUCUUAAGACUCUGCUUGGCACACAAACAGUACCACGCAGCAGUAUUGAUUUUGUUAAACGACAUGUCGUUAUUCGAGCAAGGAUUGAAGCUAGCAUUGGACAAUGAUUUGAGCGAUUUAGCCGAAUUUGUGUUGAGAAAAUAUGAUGAGUUUAUAUCAAACAAUGGCGAAUUGAAAGUCACCCGUUUAAAUACAACAAAAGAUGAGAUUACAGGGAGGUUAAUUAAUGGAGACUGGGAACAAGAUAUCGAUCAGGUAAGCAAAAUCAGCAUGGAAGAAGAAAGGUAUUCUUCUAGAAAACAACUAUGGAUAAUGUACUCAAAAUACUUAAUAAAAAGGGUUUCCGAUGGAAAGGGCUCUGAUUUCUUGAAUCGCAUCGAUGUUACCACGGAAUCAGCGAGUGAGAUCAAGAACGAAACACGAGAGGGUGUUCCCAGUGUUCUGGAUGUUACGAACGAAAUCGCGCUGACAAUGCUCAGCCAAUUGAAUGAGGAAGAUGCAAAGGCACCUGAUCUGGAACUUUUUAACCAAGUUUUGAAAUAUAUUUUAAGUCUUUCCAAUUCUAGCAACAACAUUGGAAUUUUGGGACUCAAUGACAUUUUGCCACUUUUCCCAGAAAGCAUUAUGAUUAGUAAGUUCAAGGAUGAAAUAGUGAAAUCACUCAACCAGUAUAACAAUAAGAUUAGUCAACUAUCACUUGAGAUGCAAGAAUCGCUACAUAUAUCAUCCAACUUGAAGCAAAAAAUUAGAGAAUUUAAUAAGGAUUCGUAUAAAUCGGGGGUUCACUCAAUAGUUCAACCCGGGGAACCAUGUCAACUCUGUUCGAAGUUGUUGAUUGGAAAGAACUUUGUCUACUUUCCAAAUUGUCACCACGGAUGCCAUAAGGAUUGUUUAAUAAGGCAUCUUCUUAAACUGAGAGGUAAUUACAGGUUCAAAAAGAUCUUUCUGAACUUCAAUAAGAAUCCUUCAGCUGUGAAUAAGAAUGAGUUAGACGAGAUUUUACGGAAAGAGUGCAUACUUUGCAACGAUGCUAACAUCGAUAUGAUCGACCAAGCAAUUAUCGACACAAAUAUUUUAUUUGAAGACUCACAAGCUUGGGAAUUAUAA